AAUAAAUAGAUGAUAUAUUUGAGAUUUUUAAGAUAAAUAUGAUUGACUUGAAGGAUCCACUUGUAGAAUUUGUACGAGAAAUUUUUUCUCAAAUAUAUGAUAUUGUUCUCCAAUACCGCGAGGCAAUAAGUACUGUGAUUAAUAAUUAUUUAAAUAGUGUUGGAGAUUUGACAGUGCCAGGAAAUUAUGUUGACAAUUGUGGCGACGUAGAUGUUCUAAACAAUACUUUGAUCAUUUCACAUGAUAUUCAUAUACAGAUUGUUGAUAACCGCAAUGACAGUAUCAUUGAAAGAAUAAACCUUUGGCUUGAAGAGUUGUUACAUGAAUUCAGCAAACAAGAAUGGCUUCGACAUCGUCAACGAAUACUCGAAAUUUCUCAUUUUUUGCAGUUUCAGCGAAAACGGAUGCAUAAUGAUUUUUGUAUCAAAGACGCAUUUGCAUUUGAUGUUGCAGCGUCUCUCGAAGGAUAAUUUUAAUAAUAAUUAUUUCACAAUUUAAAUAUAUUUAUUUAUUUA